AUGGCGUCAGCGGCCGCCGCCGGAGGGGCCCCGGCCCCGGCCGCGCUCCGCUGCUCCCGGCGGGUCACCGCGCCCCGGCCGCGGUCCCGCUCGGGGCAGGGCACGGUGUGCGGGCGCUGCCCGGGGCCGCUGCGGAACGGCUCCGUCGUGGCCCAGUACUGCGCGUCCCGGACCGGCACCGAGAGCGAGGGGCGCUGCUGCCGGGAACGGGGCGCCCGCCCGGAGCGUCUGCUCGGGCUGGACCUGAGCAACUGCUCCCUGCACAGCCUCCCCCCGGGGCUGGCCGAGGCCGCGGCCGCCGUCGUCCUGGACCUGACGGAGAACCCCCUGACAGCCCUCCCCAACGGCUCCUUCCUGGGCUUCACCCACCUGCAGCGCCUCGCGGUGCCGCUGGCGCUGGAGUGCCCGGGCGGGAGCAGCGCCUGGGAGGAGGUGACGACGCACGGGAGCAGCCGGCUCUGCCAGGGCCAGAGGAACCCCUGCAACAGCUCCGGGGAGCUCGCCUGGCCGUGCCCUGAGAACGCCGCCUGCGCCCCGGAUGGCCCCGGCCUCAUCCAGUGCCUCUGCAACAGCCCCUUCCAUGGCUACAAGUGCCUGCGCGAGGGCACGUUCCCCAUGCUGCUCUUCUGCGGGAUCCUGGGAGCUGCCACCCUGGCCCUGUCCCUCCUGCUGUGGGGCACCCAGCGCCGGAAGGCCAAGACCCCCUGAGGACGGGGGGGGCUGCGCCAGUGCCUCUGCAGAGGCCGG